AUGACAUCCACCCUUCCAACCAUCGUCCUAGUCCAUGGAGCCUGGCACACACCCGCAAACUACCAGACCUACGUCAACGACCUCCAAGCAAAGGGAUUCACCGUGCACUGUCCCUUACUCCCAACCUCCAAUGGCCACCGACCACCCAAUGCCUCCCUACCAGAAGACGCCGCCCACGUCCGCUGCGUGAUAACAUCCUGCGUCGAGCGAGACGAGCGCGUCCUGCUGAUCAUGCACUCCUACGGCGGAAUAGUAGGCACAGAGGCCGCGCAAGGUCUCGACCUAGCAACACGUCGAAAAGCAAACUUACCCGGUGGUAUCAUCCACCUACUCUAUAUCUGCGCCUAUAUCUUGAUACCGGGCGAGUCACCCUGGACCAUCGUCGAGGAAACAGGUAUGCAGGAUGGUUGGAAGCAGAUGGUGGAUAUUGCAGAAGAUGGAACCUCUGUUCUGCGAGAUCCGAGCAUGGCGCUCUUCAGUGGUCUGGAAGAAGAGAGUGUUGUUCGAAAGGCAUGUGAGUCCAUGGUGUGCAGCCCUCCGGGUCCUUUGACUGCUGUGACGAGGGGGGAUGUCUGGAAGACUGUGCCUGCUACCUAUGUGCGGACGAGUCGGGAUUGCGCUCUUGUGCCGCCGUAUCAGACUCUCCUGCUUGAAAGGGUCAAGGCGGAAGGUGUGGUGCUGGAUAUUGUGGAGUUUGAUACUCACCAUAGUAUUUGGAUCUCUCUUCCGGAGGAGAUGGUGCAGAUGGCUUUGAAGGCGGCUGGUGAUGAGAGGAACUUGGAGUGA